AUUAACGAUUUUUCAAUUUCUUCUAAAUGAACAGAUUAAGUUUUCUCAUUGUAGAUGUGGCUACAGUCGACUUCCUGUAGCUGCGCCCUCCAGAGCUUCCUAAAAGAGUCUUUUGAUGAGCGUGACAUUUUUUCAAUGGAGGGAUUUUCCUUUGACUGGAGAGGAUGAAGUCGGUCCCAGUGCCUCAGCGUAGUAGACGUCUUCCUGGGGGGGGGGCUUCCUGUUUGUUGUCACACAUGUCAGACUGUAUCGAUCAAGACGGCAGAGAGUGAAAGUGACGCCCGACGGGGGAGCGCACUGGGCGGGCAGGGCGAUGUGAGGACCGCGGCGCGUAAAUCUUUUAUCUGAAGAAUGGCCGCUGCGCUGAUGACCGGGUUGGCGCAUAACCCCACGAGCUCCUGAGCCAUCUAUCCGAGGAGAGAGAAGGAAGGCUGUUUGUAUCGCUCUGGAGGAGUUAAAGGAGGCUCUGUCCUCUGUGGACGGUGUGGGCUGCGCGCACAGCUUCAGGACCAGCGGUGGGGUCAGCCUCCCCAUCCCUCUCUGCUCCUCUCUCCCUGCCUCACAGCCUCACUGCCCGCUCGUCGUCGGCGGGAUCCCUUGCAAUGAAACCGCUAUAGUCCAACCUGUUUUCCUUCUUCUUCUUCUUCUUCUCCUUCUUCCUCUUUUUAAAUUUCCACUCCCUUUCUCACUCCACAUAUCGAGGGGCAGAGAGAAAGAAACAACAAAAAAACACGCGCGAAGAACAAUCUCCAUCUGCAAGUUUCCGUCGCACUGGAGGGGAGGACGCGAUGGCAGUCCCGGUGAAGGCAGCGGUGGCUCUACUGGUUCUCAGCGUGGCAACGUCCUUGUGUGCGGAGGUGGAGGAGCGGCUGGUGAGUCACCUGUUGUCACCGGAGCGCUACAACAAGCUGAUCAGACCGGCUGUCAACAACAGUCAGCAGGUCACCAUCUAUAUCCAGGUGUCUCUGGCCCAGCUGAUCAACGUGAAUGAGAGGGAGCAGAUCAUGACCACCAACUGUUGGCUCACUCAGGUAUGGAAUGACUACAGAUUAAUGUGGGAUCCCGAAGAGUACCAGGGAAUCAAGAAAGUCCGACUCCCGUCACAACACAUCUGGCUGCCAGACAUCGUCCUCUACAACAAUGCGGACGGAACCUAUGAAGUCUCCUUCUACUCGAAUGCCGUGGUCUCCAACAACGGCGAGGUUAACUGGCUUCCACCAGCCAUCUACAAGUCGGCUUGCAAAAUUGAAGUCCGUGAUUUCCCCUUCGACCAGCAGAACUGCACCCUUAAGUUUCGCUCUUGGACCUACGACCACACGGAGAUCGAUCUCAUCCUUCUCAGUGACUUUGCCUCACGCGACGACUUCAAACCGAGUGGCGAGUGGGAUAUUGUUUCAUUGCCUGGACGCAAGAACGAAGACCCUGAUGACAUCAGGUACCUGGAUAUCACCUAUGACUUUAUUAUCAAGAGAAAACCCCUGUUCUACACCAUCAACCUGAUCAUCCCCUGCAUCCUGAUAACAUCCUUGGCCAUUCUGGUUUUCUACCUCCCGUCAGACUGUGGUGAGAAGAUGACUCUCUGUAUCUCUGUGCUUCUGGCCCUGACUGUGUUUUUACUCCUAAUCUCAAAGAUUGUGCCACCUACGUCUUUAGCAGUGCCUCUGAUUGGGAAGUACCUAAUGUUUACGAUGGUGCUGGUCACCUUCUCCAUCGUAACCAGUGUUUGUGUGCUCAACGUGCACCAUCGGUCCCCCAGUACCCACACCAUGCCUCCUUGGGUCAAGCGAGUCUUCUUGUACCGGCUCCCCUGCUACCUCUUCAUGCGGAGACCCGGUAGCUCCAACAUCCGUGAGAAGUUCCGGAAAAAACACCAGCAGCGAUCGUACUCUGACCAGAGGCUGCAUGGAGCGGACGGGGGGACUGGAAGCCCUGGGGGAAUAGCAGAUUCUUCCUCAUCCUUCUUUGUCAACGAGGAGUCAGCCAAGCGCUAUGGCUGGAAGAUCAGCGACUUGCCGGAGAACACAGAGAUCAGAAAGAGGAUGACGCUCAAGAGCAACAUUGAUGUGGAGGACGCCGUGGAUGGAGUGCGCUACAUCGCUGAGAAGAUGAAGAGCGAGGAUGAUGACGAAGGAAUCAUUGAAGACUGGAAAUACGUGGCCAUGGUGAUUGAUCGUCUCUUCCUGUGGAUCUUUGUAUGUGUGUGCGUGGUCGGGACGCUCGGCCUCUUCAUGCAGCCCCUGUUCCAGAAUUACAACACGCCCAUUGUUGAUGACAUGGACCAUAACUGAAACUUGGAGACUGAACUUUGAUAUCAACAUGACCCGGACGUGAACUUAAAGUCCCCUCGCAGAAACAGAGCUCUGAUAACAUUCUAACACAUAAACUCACACGUUCGCCUCACGUGGCACUCUCACUGGGAAAAAUUACUACAAUGCACUUUAUCCCCUGACCACCACCUGCUCCCCUCCAGACCUCCGUCCCUCUUUAUCGUUCAUUAUGUCUCAUAUGUUAUUCACACAGGAACUAGGAUCUAUUCAUUACAGUGAACUUUAGGAUAAUUCUUUUUUAUAAAACAAACAUUGUCAAAUUUUUGACCAUCAUUAAGUACACACAAAUGAUUUACAUUAUACUCAUAAUUGAUAGUUUUUAUUUAUUUUUGCCUUUAUGCACAGUCAAUAUUUAAACACACAAAGAACAAGGCGAAGGAGAGAGACUAACUUACAGAUUGACUUCCUGGUUCACAAUCAUAAUCAAAAGUCCCAAAAUACCAUAAACCCGAAUUAUUUUUUAAUUCAAGAUGUAAAAAAGAUUUGCAUUUUAUCACCCCUUGCACUUAAAUUAUCACAGGUUUACCCCUAUCACAGGUUUAUGAGCCCAACAGCGACUCGUUUUAAACAGAUUUGGUUUUGCACUUUUCUCCCAACCUAUCUCUAAAUCAAAUGGCCACCAUUGGUCUAGCAAUGAUGGAUGAAGCCUCAGUGAGCAUCUGCAGAUAAGGGCCUCACUGUGAGUCUGACUACACAAACUGGUCAAAUCAAUGUCAAAGUCUUUUAGCGUUUAAAACGAAGGAGGGUCAAUAUAAUAGUGCUGAAAAAAUACAGAUCUUGAAACCAAUGACCAUAAGUCUAUUGUUACUCACCUAUUUUUAUAUUUAUUUUAUUUUAGAAAAAGGAACAGUACGCUCGUGUCAUCAACGCCAUGCUCGUCAGUAUCCAUCACCAAGGAAACCAGCAGCAAUAAUAUUUUACAGCAUUUCAUACGCACUGACCUGGCGCAAAUGAUCCAAACAGUCUGACUCUUCACUUGCUUUAUCUUUCUUCAAUACUGUAUUCUUGAUUAUCUCAGCCUUUUAUCAGAAGCGUUACUUGAAUGCGUGUUCAGUAUUUAAUUAUAGCGGUAUAAUAACUUGUCACCAUCAUAACACACUCGCCUGUCACUGCUACAAUGUUAGCUGCGGAAGAGGUGUACUGUACUGUCCUUAAUCCAGCAGGAUUGAUUUCUAAAUUAUUUUUUUGGGAAAUGCAUUUGAACAUUGUUUUUCAUUUUCAUUUUUUCUUCAACAAAUCGUGUUGCCUGAGUUUUGUCUGUCUAGACAAUAAAUGCAGAGAAGGAAACUGUGAUGAGAUCUGGUGUCUUUCUUAAUUGAUCAAUAAAGAGGAAUGAAGGCAACAAGCAGACCUGAUGAAUCGCACAGUUUAAGUUUGAGUUUAUGUUUGCAGCUUAAUAAGUAUUAAGUAAUUCAGUAUUAUUAAUAAUCAGUAGCUGAGAGGAAAUUUAGAGGUUUGGAAACAUAACAACCACCAACAAUUGCAGCAUUAGAUCAUUUUAUACUCCCAAUUUUCCAAUUAGUGUCAGCAUGGAUAUUUAAAGAUCCAUGAUUAUGUUUUUCUGGAGCGCAGAAAUUGCUAGUGUAGUGUACUCUACAUCAUCUUUCCAGUAAACAUCAUUACACACACACACAACGGACACGCACACGCACACGCA